GACCAAAUAAUCGAUGCCAAUACUGGUUUGUUUGUUUUUCUAAUUCUUGACAGGAGUGUCCAACAAAGAGAAUGGAAGAGGCUGGCCUACUCAAUCAAACUAAUUUAGUGACAUAUUUUCAGCUUCGAGGUUUAUUUGUAAAUCAGAAGGUACAGGUGGCUGUGUUUGCCAUGUUCCUCGUUUUCUAUGCCCUGACUCUGAUUGGGAACAUCCUCAUUGUCAUAACUAUUAUCUAUGACCACCGGCUUCAUACCCCCAUGUAUUUCUUCCUCAGCAACCUGUCCUUUAUCGAUGUCUGCCACUCCACAGUCACUGUCCCCAAGAUGCUGAUAGAUACCUGGUCAGAAAAGAAGCUCAUUUCCUUUGAUGCCUGUGUUACUCAGAUGUUCUUUCUGCACCUCUUUGCUUGCACGGAGAUCUUUCUCCUCACUGUUAUGGCCUAUGAUCGGUAUGUGGCCAUUUGCAAACCCCUGCAGUAUAUGACAGUGAUGAACUGGAAAGUAUGUGUGGGGCUGGCUGUGGCCCUCUGGAUAGGGGGGAUGAUCCACUCUAUAUCCCUUACCUCCCUCACUAUCAAGCUACCCUACUGUGGUCCUGAUGAGAUUGACAAUUUCUUCUGUGAUGUACCUCAAGUAAUCAAACUGGCCUGCACUGAUACCCACAUCAUUGAGAUUCUCAUCAUCUCCAAUAGUGGGCUAAUCUCCGUGGUCUGUUUUGUGGUUCUCGUGGUUUCCUAUGUAGUUAUCCUGGUAAGUCUGAGGCAGCAGAUCUCUGAAGGCAGACGGAAGGCCCUAUCUACCUGUGCAGCCCACCUCACCGUAGUCACACUGUUCCUGGGACACUGCAUCUUCAUCUAUUCCCGUCCAUCCACCAGCCUCCCCGAGGAUAAGGUGGUGUCUGUGUUUUUCACCGCUGUCACCCCAAAAUCUAUACCCUAAGGAAUGAAGACAUGAAGAAUGCCUUGAACAAGUUAAUGGGUAGGAAGGAAGGGAAAGAAAAAAAAUGAAAAUGUCUAAGCCCAUAAGAUGCUUUGUGUUCCAAAUCAAAGAAAUACCUUGCAAAGAAUAAAUUAC